ACCGACUCGUCGUCGUCGCUCUCGGCUCGGUGCCGGUACCUCGCCUCGCGCCUCGGCGGCAGCGCCGUGCACGACGACGCCCACUUCGAGGGCACCACCCCGACCUCGAGCGCGCCCGCGAGCCCGCACCGCACGUCGCCCUCGCCCUCGCCCGGUCGCUCGCCUCGCGUCGGCACCAGCCUCGCGUCGCCGUCCAACCCGCCGCCGAGCUUUCCCCUGUCGCCGCGCUCGAGCCUGCUCGGGUUCGACGCCGCCCCGCAGCACAUCCUCGACGAGAUCCGCGAGGAGGAGGACGGCGGCGAGUCGACGCCCAAGGUCGAGCAGGACAUGACGUCGGCGUGGGCUCCACCUCGCCUCGCUGUCCCGGGCCAGGCGACCGACCCGCAGCAGCACUUUGCGCACAACGAGCUCGUCUCGCCGGGCACCGUCACCAAGCCGCUCCCCGGCGGGUACGACGGCGGCGCUCAGGCCCCGCCGUCGCCGACGCGCAGCUACGGCACGGCCUCGAGGACGGCGAGCACCGGGUCCCUGGGCUCGAGCCGUCGCCCGAGCUUCGCGAGCAGCAUGCUCCUCGACCUGCAGCAGGGAGACGACGACGACGACACGGACAUGGAGGAGGCGACCAUCGAGGAGCGCGAGAACGAGCUGCGCCACGCGCUCAAGGACGGCGCGACAUGGCUCGGCGUCGACCUGUGGCUCGUCGACGGCGAAGUUCUGGUCGCAUCGUCGCAGUCGUCGCUCGACCCGUCGAGGACUUUCUCGGCCACCGUCGUUCAACCCUUGCUCCGCAUCUUCUCGCCGCAAGACGACUCGACGAUCAAGAUGCACCGCCGCCGCAGCUCGGUCUACGCGCACGUCAAGCCGCACUCGCCCUUCCAGCUCGUCAUUCGCCUCCGCACACCGGCCACGACGACAUUCCCUUACGUCGUCAGCGACCUUGAGCCCCUGCACGACGCGUCGCUCCUCACCAUGUACUGCCCGAACGCGGGCUCGAGCACGGCCGGCCUCAUCACGGUCGUCUCGUCGUCGGCCAACGGCGCCGAGAUGGUCCCGUUCGAGCAGCUCUCGGCCGUCCAGGGCCAGCGCUUCGUCUACCGCGACGCGCCCCUCGCCGCGUUCGACAGCGACGAGGCGCUCGCCGACUCGAAUAUCGACCCGGCCCUGACGCCCGUCGCGGCGGGCGCGCUCGUCGAGGUGACCGGGUGGGACGGGCAGAAGAGCCUCUCGGACGAGCAGCGCGAGCGCAUCCGGGCGCAGGUCGAGCGCGCGCACGCGCACGGGCUCAAGGUCCGGUUCGAGGCGCUGCCCAACUUUCCGGUCCACGUGCGCGAGCAGUGCAGGCAGGCCCUGCUCACGCUCGGCGCCGACUACCUGUAGGCCUCGCCGCCACCGCCGCCGCCGUCGGCGUCGUCGUCGUCCCGUCUUCCCUCAACUCGCGCCAAGACCCGCUCGUAGCGGACAUACUUCCUUCUCUUUCUCCUUUCUCCCUUUCAUGCCACUUCCUGUUGUUGCUGUACCCCUCCUUGCGCACCUCCUUCCUCUUUUUCCUCCCUUUUGUGCCCUCUCGAGAACGUCGUCCGUUUUCCUUGUAGCGAAGUAGCAAUCUCGUCCCUUGAUCAGUCUCUUUCUCUCG